AUGCCCAACUGGAGCCCACCCCAACCUGUUGUACUGUACUAUGAUCCCGCCCCCUGUCGGGCACACGCCCGCCUACGGAUAGUGCGUGCUGGUGCGAUGCAGGAGGGCGAUCAGUGGGGCGUUGGUUCGAUUGUCAGCCGCUUGGCCGAGAUGCCACCCCAAAUGACAGGCAGGAUCUGACCAAUACUUUCGGGAUUUAACGACGGGACUUCUUCCGGUUCAAGGUACUAGCCCGAGCACAAGGUACUGCUUUUUGGAGAGAUGUUACUUUGAGCAGAUACUUGACCAGGGACAUCCCCAUUGAACAAGACUAUAGACCAGGGUCGUUGAUAGUUGGCAACGCAGCACGGUGGAUGCAAACUGAGCAUUAAGACCAAGGAGUGACACCCGUCAGAUUGCGGCUAAGGUGCCCUAUCGGUCACGACCAGGAUGUUAUUUGUUAUUAUGGCUGGCCCAAAAUAGCUCAAAACCCUGGCUGGUGACUGCUCGGAAAGCAGAUCACGUAUAACGAGGUUGGGCAAGAAGAAAGCCGACUUUAACUAUCAAAUAACCGCCGUUGUGGGACAUGAGACAACGUUGUGUCGAUGGUUUGUGGCCACUGUGAGCAAGCACCCCUAUGCUGAAAGACCAGUAGUGCCCGGCAGGUAUAUACCUCGGCAACCAUGUCCGGGACUCUUACAUUAUCUGUGGUGCAAAAGACCAUGCAGAUGACGUCGCUGUACAUCCAUUGUUAGUGACUUGAACAUUGAACUCACGGUAAAGAAGUCUCACUCUUCAUAAUGACAUACUGGAACAUCUGUUGUCUGCCUCUCUUU